GCACACUGUGGGCUCUGGGACUGAGACAACACCUCCUGCUCCGACCUUGGCUUGGACUAAAGAGCUUCCUGCAGCAUGAGGGCUACAGGUGCCUUAGUGCUUCUCAGCCUGCUGCUGCUCUCUUUCUUCUCGGUUCCAGAUGUAGCAGGUCAAGAGAUUGAGGAGAUCUGUAGAGAGUUCAUAAACAGAAGCGUGUACUGCACGAGGGAGUCCAACCCUCACUGCGGCACGGAUGGCGUCACCUAUGGGAACAAGUGUGCCUUCUGCAAGGCAGUGCUGAGAAGUGGAGGGAAGAUAAGAUUGAAGCACCUGGGGAAAUGCUGA